AUACAACUGCUAAGCACACAUGUGCUUGUUUGUGUGAAAAUACUUGGGCUUUGCCUGGAAGUCAUUAAGAUAAAAUGUUUUGAAGUUUCAAUAUUCUUCUAGUUUAGUAGAAAUUGUUUCAGAUUUUAUUAUAAUUUUACUGGAGAAAAUAUGGAUGAAUCUGAUGAAAAUAUAGAAACCGUAAUGGAUGUAGAUUCAUUUGAAGACAGUGAUUCAUUACUGUAUAGUGGUUAUGAUGAUUCAAGUGAAUCUAAUUUUCAGUACAACUUACCACGGUACUCUUUGCAUAAUGAAUCACUUAUGGUGAUUGAAGAUGAUGAUGAUGAUGGUGAUGAUGAUGGUGAUGAUGAUGAUGAUGAUGAUGAUGAUGAUGAUGAUGAUGAUGAUGAUGAUGAUUCGUUGAGUGACAUCAGUAAUAACAAAAUUAUAGAUGUAAAAAAAGAAUUGAAUAAACCUACUUCAAUUAAAAUACCCGAGGAAAAAAUUAUUGUGAGUGAUGAUUCAGAUAAUGAUUCUGAUAUAGAAAUAUAUGAUCAAAUGAUGCAAAUAAAGAAAAAUAUUGUAUCUGGUGCUACUAAAAAUACAAACAUAUUUACAAGACAAAAGGAAAAUAAUUCUUUAAAUGUAAAGAAAGUUUUUACUCCAAAACAUAAUACCUCUUUGGUCAAAUUCAAUCCUACAGUAAAAUCUAACCAACUUAAAAUGGCAUCCACAGCUGCAGUUAACAGGCCAAAAACUACAACUUCACAUUUAAAGUCAUCGAGUAAUACUGACAUUAGUCAUAAUAAAAGUUUUUUUAAACCAAAGCAACAAUUGAAGAUAGCAUCUUCAAAAGAAUCAAAAUCAGAAGUUUAUUUAGUACCACACAAUGGUAUGAAUUUUAUGAUCAGCAAAGGAAUACCUAAAAGUCCACUGUUGAAGUCUAAUUCUUCUUUAUCUCCUACAUUAAAAGAAUCCAGUACUGUAAUUAGACCUAAUGAACAAAAAAAACAAUUUAUGGUUACGUCAUCAAAAGAUGCAUUAAGGAGUGAAAAUAAAGAAGAGUCUAAAUUCUUAACUCGAAUGCAACCACUCCCUGGGAGGAAAUAUAAAAUGGUACCAGAUCAYGGACAAGUUUCUAAUAGUUCAGAAAAUGUAUUCAAAAGAAACCCUAAUUUAAGUAAACAAAAAUUGGCUACAGAUCCUUCUCCAAAUGGACAUAAAAUUGGCGAUUUUUUUCAUAUAGAAAAAUCCUAUAAAUUAGCAAAUAUAAAGGAAACUAGAAAUUUUCAACAUAAAAAAUUAGAUGUGCCAUCUGGAAAAUUUUCUUGKUGUAAAAUGUCUAGAACAGUUGAACUUAAUAAUGUGAGUAGAAAUAAAAAGUUUAUUCCUCAUACUGUUACUAGUAAAGAUCCAAUAGUAAAGAUUCAAAAUACCAAUUUUCCUCAAAAAAUGAGUUCUUCGUCUAGGUUUGUUCAGCUAUCAUCAAACUCCGAAUCUUUAAAGCAAUCAGAUGGUCAACCGUUAAAUCAUACUAGAUACGGUAAAAUAACUGAAAGUGAUCAAAAAACAAUCCAGUUAUCUUCAAAUUCUCCUACACAAUCUAAAACAAAAUUACAUUCUUAUCAAAUUCUAAAAAAUGGUGGUGAUGAUUCAAAUGGCUCUGAUGAUAAAAUAAUAAAUGUAAAUAAUAGUAAAACUCGUACAUCACAGAAUUUAAAUACUAAAAGAGCAGUUGAAGAACAUUCAAAUCAGUGUAAAGUAUUACUGUCUGACGAAAUUAUUGAUUUAGAUACUCAUAGUGAUUCUUCCGAAGACGAUGAUUCAUCUAAUCAGUUUAUUUCUUGCAAAUAUGAAUAUUGUGAUACAUUGGUGUAUGAACCUGAAUUGAUUGAUGAUUUAUAUUGUAGUUUGGCAUGUAAAAAUUUAGAUAUAAAACAAACAGUAACUGAAGAAGAACAUUGUAUCGAUGAAACUUCCAAUCCAUCCAAAAAAACUGCAGUUGACCGAAAACACAUUUUAACUAAAUUGGAAAAUAGAAUAAAUAAGAGAAAACAAUUGUUAUCAACUUCUUGUUCAGCGGACAUGGUUAAAGAAAAUGAAGAUUUGAAUAAUCAGAUUAUAAAUUUUUUUAAUAAACCAUCAAAAGAAGAAAAUCAUCCUCCUAUAAAAUCAUUGCUGCCUAUUAGUUCUCCAGAAACAAUAGAUGAUGAUGAUGAUGAUGAUGAUGCUGAUGAUGAUGAUGAUGAUGAUGAUGAUGAUGAAGAUGAUGAUAAUAAUUAUUUUGAUCUUAAAACGCUCAUAGAAGAUAAAGAUGUUUUGAAAUAUAUGACAGAGAUGCAAUUUAAAUCUGCCCCUAAAAAGUUGUUUGAUAACCCCUAUCCGACUGAAAAGAACUUAUUUGUAGUAGGACAAAAAYUAGAAGGCAUUGAUCCCAAACAUGAAGCACUAUUCUGUGUUAUGACUGUAUCAGAAGUUUGUGGAUACCGCAUCAAAUUACAUUUUGAUGGUUAUGAAGAUGUUUAUGAUUUUUGGGUAAAUGCAGAUUGUCCAGAUUUGUUUUAUCCAGGAUGGUGUGAAAUGAAUUCACGCAUUUUACAACCACCAAAAAACUAUAAAAAUGCAUUUAAUUGGAUUAGUUAUCUUAGGGAGUGUCAAGCUUUACCUGCUCCUAAACGCAAUUUUGUUUCUAAUAAAACCCUCAAUAGUUGUAAAAAUCGACAUAAAUUUCAUAUCGGAAGUAAAUUAGAAGCAUUAGAUAAAUUAACCCGUACACUUCCAAAACAGUUAAUAUGUGUGGCCACUGUUGCGGAUAUCUUGGGUAAUCGUGUUCGUAUUCAUUUUGAUGGGUGGACAGAUGAUUUUGAUUAUUGGGUAGAUAUUACAUCAACUAAUAUACACCCAGUAGGGUGGUGUGACUACAAUGGUCGAACUUUGUCUCCACCUAGUGGUUAUAAUGAUAUGAAAGGAAAAAAACCUUUUAAUUGGACUGAGUACUUAAGAGAAACAAAUAGUCAACCUGUGCCCGAAGAUGCAUUUGUUCGUAGACCUUUACGAGAUUUUUCUAAUAAUAUGAUGAUUGAGGUUGUUGAUCUUGUUGUUCCGAGACUAUUAAGAAUCGCUAAGAUAGUAGAUGUUAGAGGCGAUGAACUAAAAAUUGUUUAUGAUGGUUUUGAUAAUGAUUAUGCAUACUGGGUUGAAGACGAUAGUCCAGAUAUUCAUCCUAUUGGAUGGUCAUCAAAAACUAAUCAUCCAAUUGAAUUGCCUCCAGCAUCUAAUAUGCUUCGGAAUUGCAAUAUUCUUGGUUGUAAAGGUUAUGGAAAUUCAUCAAAUAGUUUAAAACUGGAUCAUGACGAAAUAGUAGACUGUCCAUAUGAAAUGGAUUCAUGGAAAACUGCUGUUGCUGGGUUAGCAAAGAUGCCUGAUCGAUUGAAAACUCAUAAUGUUAUAAUUACCACUACAUUGACAAGUUCAAAAAUGAAAAGUAAUGUACAUCAGAAUGAUGAAAAUAAAAAAGAAAACAAAUUAAAUAAAGAACAAAUUAAUUUGGCUAAUAUCAAAGAAAAAAUAAAUGAAAAAAGAUUAAAUUUUCUGUUGGAUGCAAACGAUAUUGAACCAGAAUGCGAUACUGUUAUUAAAAACACACUUAUUAAUGACAUCAUUCCAAGAAACAAUAACAACAAAUUACGCAAAACUAUUGGUUUGGGUCUUGUGGGAUAUAAUUUGGGCUCAGUAUCAAUGGAAACACAAUCCAGUUUUUGGACAACAUAUAAUGCUCAACUAGGUAUACCAUUAUUCAAUACUACUGACGCAAGAAAAUGGUCCAUUCAAGAAGUGGCCUCAUUUGUUCAAAAAGUGGUGGAAUGUUAUAACUCAAAUGUAACUACCAAUGAAGAAAUCAGUAUAGCUGAUCGUUUCAUUGAUCAAGAAAUUGAUGGUGAGACAUUUUUAAUGUUAACUCAAGAUGAUAUCCUUAAAGUAUUAAAAGUUCCACUAGGUCAAUCAUUAAAAAUAAUCAAUGCUAUUAUAAUGUUAAGACAACAAAUAUCUGGAUAUGAAUAUAUGUAGUUGAAACCUACAUUCCUCAACAUUAAAAUAUUAUCUUUUACUUAUAAUAUGAAAWUUUAUUUCAUAUAUCUCAAUUGACUCAUAUAAUAAUAUUAUUUUUUAAAACUUAAUUCUAAGUAUUUUUGUAAGUAUUUUUG